AUGAAUGUUCAUUCCAAGAGGAGUACACUGGAGAGGAAACUUGACAAAGUAAUAGCUACACAUUUUGGUGUUCUUCUCUCCUUGUGUUUAAUUAGGGCCAUAGGCAGUGCUGUAUUUGUAAACAACAAGUAUCACUACUUAAUGCUUUGGGUUAAUGGUGACUCCCAACAGUUCAAUCCAAGCAACAGAUUUGUGGUUUUUAUUUUAAGUAUCUUUGCCCUUAUUACACUGUAUUUGCCAAAUAUUCCAAUUUCUCUUUAUGUUUCUAUCGAGCCAUAUGUUGAUGAGCCUUGGAAUAUUGGCCUCCAAGUUACAGAUAUGGGAAGCUUAUCUAACAUGACUGUUCAAUCCGAUAAAUAUGGCCUCCGGGUUGCUAUUAAUGCCAUUGGAGAUAAGGCCAAUGACUUGAUCUUGGAUAUGUAUAAAUCAGUUGUGUCAACAUUUGAGUCAUGGAAGUGCAACCAAGUUUGUUUGCUUCUUGCUUCCAAUCUAUGUCAGAUAACAAUGGAGAUUGAUGGAUGUCGGUUAAUAGCCUCUUCUGGAGCGUAUAAAACGCUUGUAGAAUCCGUGCUAAGUAAGGUCAUGGAAGAGCUUGAGAAUCGCAUCACUAGUCAAGUUGAACUGGUAAAGCUUCUUAGCUAUGUUGUUUCCUAA